CCCGCUCCAGGCGCACGUUGCGCACGCGCUUUGAAUCACUAUGAAGUCGUUAGCUGCGGGUUUGUACGUUUUGGGGUUAGGAAUGUUCCAGAUCUUUAUCGGGCAAGCCUUAAUUACAGACUCUGAUAGAAAAGUUUUGUGUUGUAACGUGACCGGAGAAUGGCGAAGUGAACUCGGCUCCCGGCUGCACCUCAGCGCCGUUGGAACGGAAGUCAGAGGCGUGUACAGGACGGCAGUGGAGAGCUCGUUCGGGGCGGCGGGUCCGAACCGAGAGGCUAAAGUGGUCGGGGUGAUUAGUGACGGCCCACAGACCACCAUCGCGUUUUCUGUGCUGUGGGCCAAAGGAUCAUGUGCCACCUGGGUGGGUCAGUGCUUCCCUGUACCAGGAGGUGGCCAGGUCCUGAACACACUGUGGAUGCUGCGCUCUGCUGUCAUGAGCUCCGCGGACAACUGGGACAGCACCAGGAUGGGAGAGGACCGGUUCAUUUUUGUACGAGGUGCAGAAAGUCUGUGACGGCUCUCAGUUGAUCAGCGACUGUUAGGUUCAUCAAUUGAUUGUCAUUUCUGGAUCUGCAGUUCAAUAAACAAUCCCAAAAAUGCAA